AUGGACCAGCAGAGGGUGCUGAGGACCGGUUGCCUGGUGACGGGGGUCCACACUCCACCCAUCCGACGUAACAGCAAGCUGGCCACGCUGGGGCGCAUCUUCAAGCCCUGGAAGUGGAGGAAAAAGAAAAAUGAGAAGCUAAAGCAGAGUUCCACAGAUGUAGCAUUAUCCAGCGGUCUUCUAUGCCACGAACACAACUCCCCCACCCAGGGCUGCUGCUCAGACGGUGCAGUCCUGCUUGGAGGAUUCGGGGGAUCCUUGAACUCAAACCUCACAGUCAGCAGUGUGGAAUACCUUGGUCCUGAGGAGGAGCUUCCCCCUCCAGUAGCUGCCCCUCUUCAGGACUGUGAACGGGUGGAGGAGAAUGUACUAACAUCGGAGGAAGAUGGAAGUGAGGAGGUGCACCCUGUCGGGGAUUUACCUGAGGGGCUAAAGGACGUGGGCGAGCAGAUGGAAGAAAGACCAGAGGAAGAGAUUCCUCCAGGAACAUCACCUCCAAAAGUACCUCCAAAACAUUAUCCCCAGUUGAGUCCUGGAGAUGAUUCAGGCCCUGCGUCGCUCCCUGCUAACCUGCCCAACUCCUACCUUCCCAAGGAGCCUCCACCCAGGGCAACAGAGAGCAUGGCUUCAAUAACCUUGCCGCUACGAGGGCCCUUAGGCAACACCUCAGGGUCCCCACAUAUAGGCAAUAUGAUGCAUCCUCCCAUGCCCCCUAGCUGCAUUAUGGAGGAACUGCAGAGAGCCUUCGCUUCCAAGAACAGACAAGAGAUUGUCCAUGAAGGGUUUGAGCAGGCCUCAACCCCAAGGCUGUGGUGUUCAGAUGGGCGUCUCUCUCGCUCCUGCAGCUCUGAGAAUCAGCACUCAUCGCCUUUUGGGGGCGGCUGUGUGGGAGGUGGAGGCUCCGACUGGCCCAAGAAGGAGGCGGAGGAGAAUAAGGAGAACAUGCGGCUGGACCAGUGCUUCUCCAACAGCUCAGGCCUCCCCAACGACUUAGAGGGCUGGAACGACUCCGUCAUCUCUGGUACACUUCCUCGCAGGCUAAGGAAGGAGUUGCUGACGGUCAAACUACGAAACAGGCCCAGCAAGCAGGAGUUGGAGGACAGAAAUAUCUUCCCAGCCAGAAGUGACCAGGAGCGCCAGGAAAUUCGCCAGCAGAUUGAGAUGAAACUUGCCAAGAGGCUGAGCCAGAGACCGAAUGUGGAGGAGCUGGAGAGUCGGAACAUACUGAAACAGAGAAACGACCAGACAGAGCAAGAGGAGAGGAGGGAGAUCAAACAGCGGCUAAACAGAAAGCUCAACCAGCGGCCCACAGUAGACGAACUACGAGACAGAAAGAUUCUGAUCCGCUUCAGUGACUAUGUGGAGGUGGCCAAAGCUCAGGACUAUGACAGGAGAGCAGACAAGCCCUGGACUCGGCUCUCGGCGGCAGACAAGGCUGCAAUCCGAAAAGAGCUCAACGAAUUCAAGAGCACCGAGAUGGAAGUGCAUGCCUCAAGCAAGCACCUUACGAGGUUCCACCGGCCAUGAAAGCGGGGAGUUUCUUCUGUGAAGAAAUGCUGAGGCUUCAAAUCUUUUUCUGAAGCUGCGCAGUGGCAGACAGUUCAAAGAGCCUGGAGCCCAUUCGUCUUCAGCGUGUCUUUAACAUUCUUCCAGCACCCUUGACUAUCAUAUCAUCAGUAUGAGGGCACGGGUGUGAGAGAGAAGCUGAUGGAAAUGUUUGCGGCAGUGUGUCCUGGAGACUACUGAAUGUCGCCACAUGGAAGCUGGCUGGUGGAAGUGGACUAUAGUAAAGCCUCUGACUCUCAGGAUCAGAGCGGAGGGAAAAAAAAACAAAAAACAAUUAUGUCAUUCAGUCAGUGUUGGUUUUUUUGUACUAUUUCAUGGACUCCUUUGACAAGGCGGCGUCGUUGGAAGAAGUUGUGCAUGUGACCAGCUUCACCUUUUCUUAACUGAUGAAUAAUGUGUCACUUGGACUGUGUAAAGACUGUGCAGUCUCGGGGAGAUGGUAUUGGGGAUGAAUUUUGAUAUUAACUGUACAUAAUGUCAAUCUGAAUGGGACGUCAAUGUCUUCACUGAAAAGAGAAAUACCUUUGUAAGCACUACUUGU